ACAAAUUAUUUGUUCAACAUUUUUUUUCGUUUUAUUUUACCGGGGAAGGCCCACUGAGCUGUGUAUCUCUUUUUCAAAUGCGACUUGGACGCGAAUGAUAACUCCACGAAGUGGCUCAUCGCGUGGUGGAUUAUAGCGGCCAAAUACUGAGGGGGUGCUGGGUGCAGGCCUGCAGCCUGUGUGGUGCUGCGUGAGCCCUGGUGCAAGGGAUGAAAUGUUACCUCCCUGUGUGGGCCCCUCUGGCCUCUGGACCCUGGUGUGUCGUUGAACCGCCUGCAACACUCGACAUCUACACUGCUGUGUUAGAGAAUACGGCAGAAUGUGGCCAGUGUUGGAGAAAGUGGAUAACCUUCCAGCCAUUCCUUCACCGUGUGUUUGUUUUGUUGUUAUGUGCCCCAGGCUUUAUGAAGGUUCUGUCACAGCUGACGCACGUCGGAGAGGUGACGGAAGAGCAGUUCAUUGCGCGGUUUGAAAGCUUGAAGAAGGCGGGGGGCUACUUCAUCGUGGUGGUGGAGGACACCAAGCGGGGCACGAUAGUGGCCACGGGAACCCUGAUGGUGGAACAGAAGUUCAUCCAUUGCUGCGGCACGAGAGGGCGGAUGGAGGAUGUGGUCGUGACUGAUGAGUGUCGAGGAAAACAGCUGGGCAAACUGCUGCUGGUCACCUUGAAGCUGCUGAGCAAGAGCCUGGGCUGCUACAAGAUCACGCUGGAGUGUCUCCCCAAGAACGUGGCCUUCUACGAGAAGUUUGACUACAAAACGUCGCCGGAGAGCUACAUGCAGUGCCGCUUUCUGGCGUGACGCCUUCCCCCCUCCGAGUACACGGCACGGGACGGAAUGGCAAUGCUGACGUCCGCUGACCUCUCGUCAGUCGGCCCUACCACCUAGCCCUUCCCAAGUCCUACCACUUAACCCCUGCCACCCAGCCAUUACCGCCCAUCGGUUACCAAGUCCAACACUCAACCCCUACCACCCAGCCCCAGACACCCAGCUCUCUCACCCAACCGCUACCAGCCAAAUCUUCCCGCCCUGCCCACAGAGCCCUUACCAAAGCCCAAUAACUCAACCCCUAACACCCAACUCCUACCACCCAACUCCUACCAGCCAGCCAUUGCCACCGAGCCCAGGGAGGAUGUUGGCAUCCCGAACGGGUGAGCACCUAUAGCCCUUCCCAAUCAAUGUAUGAUCCUUUUAUAGUCUGUAAAUAACAAUGUGAAUCUACAGCAGGGUUGCGAGAUUUAUAUUCUGACUCUUUUAUUUGUUAUGGAGAUGCUGCACAAUAUGGUUUAUUCAUUACGGACAUUAGGGUGUAAUAUCUCGACUGCGGUGUUGACGAUUGGGCUGGUGACCAAAACCUCCGUUUACAACUACACCCUGUGUUGUUGGUUUCACCAGUUGGGAAUUCAUGGGCAAGCACAACGGCAAGGUCUGUGUGUAAUGCCAAAGGGGAAAAAAGAAACUAAUUCGAACGAAGGGAUUGGGAUGAUAAUUCGGCCGUAAGUGUUGACCACAUGAUACGUGGCUAUAUCAGCAGCAGCAAAUAAUGUUUGUGAAGUAAACCUGGCACACGUUGACUUUCCACGACUCAUGGCUCCCCAAGACCCACGGUAGUGCCUUGAUAAUACGUGACAUAAAGCUCAUGGAUUCCAAAACAGAUGAAUCUCCGUGAGUGUGUAAAAAAAAAAACGAUUGGGUGCUCGUACCUUUCUCAAGAGUUGGGUUUUCCAUGUCCCACCGCCGAGCGCCGAGCGCUGCGGCGGUGGCCGCUUGGGAACGCGUCGCGACCCGUGCGGGGAUGUCGGCGCCGUCUUGGCCUCCGGCUGUUCCCCCUCGCCGCCCCCCCCCCCCCACCGUUUGUUGACAUCAUCUCUAUUGAAGGAGUCGCCGGUGCAAUCGCUUCGAGAAACCCAUUAUCCUUGGAUAAAUGACGCGGCUGAGCCGGUGGUCAUAUUCAAGACGGGGAGCAACGUUGGCGUUGUUGACGUUGCCGCCGCCUAGCGAGCUCUUCCCGCCCGUCCGCUCCCGACCGUCCCGAGCGAGAAGCUUCCGCUGGACGACGCUGCGAACGCCGCAGGACGAUCGCACUGCCUUGGGGGGACACCGGCAGUGCCGGGCUUUGUGGCGGCCGUGAACGGACGCCGGGAGAGCGGUGGCCAGGUGCGCCCUGAGCCACUCGCAGGGAUUUUGGCGACUUUGGAAAAUGCGCGUUCGGUCAUUGUUGUCGUUUGAAACUAGCAUUUCGGAGUCUCAUUUAAGGUGGGGCAUUUGGGAGCUGGGCAACUUUCUGGCUGCCUGCUGUACACGUACAGCAGUUUUGUCAGUCCGCUGCUAGAUAAACACCUUCCAACGCCACACGGAUCAUGGGCGGGGGGGCGGUAUUUGACGGUACUUCACGCUGGUCAGUGCGGGUUGAAGUGUGGCGAGCGAAGUACUGGUUUUGAUGUGCCGGGUGAUUUUUAUGUGUGGGUGCGGGGCGGAUGGGACCGUUCGCUGUACGGACGCAUGGUGAUAUUUAUUUCUCUCUUUUUUUACGGUCGGCUAUACAUGUACGGUGGAAGUUUUACGAAUUACGGUCGCUUGCGGUGAAAUCUUGCGUGGCGGGAUAUUGGGUUUAUUUUUUAAUAAAAACAGAGCCCUGCGCGUGAGCCUGU